UUGAGGGCGGGCUGUAUAGUUCUCUGUUGAUCUUCUGAUUUUCCAACAUCAGUGUACAUCAUGUCGUAAAUUUGCGCCCAUUUGAUGGGUUUUUAAGUUGUAAAAAUGGACAGGUUUGAAUGGGGAAAUGGAAAUCUUUUGCAGGGGGAGACCCAAGUGAAGCAGCAGCAUGGGGUUAGACUUCACGACGGGACAGACAAGACUGCUUUUGAUCGAGGUAUCAUCACACUCACAAGUCAUCGCUUGAUUUGGACAGAUUCUGUGCAACAGACCACACUGGUAACUCUGCCUUUGUCCCUCGUUCUGUAUGCUGAAGAAGUUCCAGCAGGAAGAGGCAAAAGUCCCCGGGUAGCCUUUCAUCUUCACCCAGCUCCACCCAAUAAACCCCCUGGACCCGUCAUGAUGAGUGCUCACUCAUACAUUCAACUCAGCUUCAAGGAAGGAGGGGAAACAGAGUUUUUCAGGUGUUUGUCGGAAGAACUAUCUAGGAGGCGGUGGGAGUACAUGCCAACCCCAAAAGCAGCUGGGAAGCCCAAAGCAAUCCAUGCUGGAAUUGUCGGCAUUGAGCGAAAUCUGGAGAAAAAGUGGAGGGACACUGAUGAAAAUAUAUCCCAGGCCUUUGAGGACCUAAACAAGUUGAUGAAAAAAGCAAAGGAAAUGGUCGAUCUUUCCAGAACAAUCGCCAACAAGAUUAAAGACAAGCAAGGAAGUAUCACGGAAGAUGAGACAGUACAAUUCAAGUCCUACCUGCUGAGCCUUGGUAUAGCCAACCCCGUCACCAGAGAGACGCAUGGAACGGGCACCAAGUACCACGAGGAAUUGGCCAAACAACUGUCAGAUGUACUAACUAAACCAAUAGAGGAAAGUGGCGGCAUGAUGGCCUUGUCUGAUGUGUACUGCAGAAUCAACAGAGCCCGGGGAAUGGAGCUGCUUUCUCCCGAUGAUCUCGUGGAUGCUUGCCGACAGUUCGAGGCCCUCAGACUGCCCCUCAGGUUGCGGGUUUUUAACAGCGGCGUCAUGGUGAUUGAACUGGUUUCCAAGGGAGAGGAGGCCAUCAUUAGACAGACAGCGGAACUGCUGAAUGAAAAGAAGACUCUGAGCCCAGACGAGCUUUCUCAAAGCACAGGCAUAUCCAUCUUACUGGCCAAGGGAAGAUUGUUGGCAGCUGAGGAGGCAGGCCAAGCAUGCCGGGACGAAUCCGUGGAAGGAAUCCGGUUCUUUCCAAAUCUGUUCCUGAAUCCACCAACCAGAUGAUGUUGAAGUGUUUUGUUUUUAUUUGUAAAUCUUAGUCCUUAACAUUUGUUAAAACAAGGCUUCACGAGGCAUUUAUUUGUCAAUCAUGUAUUGCUUUUUAGCAAAUACAAGCAUUAGUGUCAAGCAUCAUGUGCAUGGCUGUUGACCAACUAUUCUAUUUUAUUGCCAAUACAAAUUCUCCAAUAUAUAGUUUAAGCAUCUAAUGCAGUUUACAUAAUAUAUAGUGGGUCUAUUUGGUAUAGUUCAAGCACAUGUUGUAAAUGGGUGCUUUGAAAGAAAAGAAAACACUUAAAUUCACAAAAUAUUGAAAAUAUUGCGAAUUGAUGACAUUUAUGAAAUAAAUAAAGUUGACCUCAGCUUCCGUUCAAUCGAUCGUGCAGAUAACAAUUAGGUAAAUUCAAAAGCGGGAGUCUGUGACCAGACUAUUCAGUGUUUGGUACCAAGACGUUCACAUAAAAUAGUGAACGUGGACUUACAUGGUCGAUUGUUGGCUGUGCACAACUUUGGCAUGAAAUGUUGAGAGUUCUGUUACCGUGCAUUGUACCAGGGCUCAAUUUCAUGGAACUGCUAUUCAGAGCACAAAUAUCUGCUAAGCUGAAACGAUGGGUCACCAGCCAAAUGCCAUGUGGUUAUUAUUGCUUGUGACUGGUCCUCGAUCAUUGAUUUUUGCUUCAAAAAUCUACUGAGGUGAAAGACCAAUGAGGGUAGGCCUACAUCAUGUUGAAAACAAAAUUCUUGAUAAUAUUUUAUUUCUUCACUUUGACUUUUGCAUUUGGCUCAUAACAACAAGGUAUUUUUUCACCAAAUCAUAAAUCAUAGUUACAUCUAAAGCCAUUGUAUUGACAAUUUAACAUUGUCGCGACUGUUUGCAAGUGUACAGUAAUAAAAUGUAUUAGC